GUUGCUGUGACAACGCGGGAAAGAGGAAGCACACUUGAAAAUGAAAAGCAAACAAACACUUUUUACUCAAAAUAACGGAUCUACUGUCAAGUAAUCAAACAAAAAUAACAAAUAAACAUUAAUCCAAGCUAUGAAACCCGCUGCUAUUCCUGCUAGCGAGCGGCGUCUGGCCUUCGCGGCCGAGUGGUACCACGCGGAGGCAGGGAUCAUCCGACCCUUUUUGAUCACUUAUUAUGUCUCUGACAAGGCGGUCGAAGUGUUCGACCAGCGCAACAAACGUACUUUCUUGCGUCGCACGAAGAUUCCUGAGCUGACCCAACGAGACUUUUUCGUAGGCUCCAAGAUAAAUGUGUUUGGCCGGCAGUUUGACAUUGUGGAUUACGCAGACGAUACUACGCGCACCAAUCUGGCAAAAUACCGCAAGAAGGGCUUCGUUUUGCUAAAAAAUAAUAUGUGGACAAAACACCUGGGCAAGUUCCUUAAAACACUGAUCGACAAUAAGAUCAAUAUAAACCAGGGAAUGAUGGUGCAAUUCUCCCCCAAGAUGGUCACGCAAUUUCUGUCUGGCAAGGAUAAAAGAGAUGUCUCCUCCUCAGUGCUAAUGAACGAGCUGCUCGCGGGUCCGGCUAUUAGUCUGGAGCUGAUCGGGGACAAUGUUGUCGAAACCAUAAAGGCCUGCGUUCGAUACAAGAGCACCGAGCAGGAGGAGCCUAAUGUUAAAUUAUCGCCCAGCAUGGAGGAGCUAUUUGAAAGCGAGGAGAUCCGCUACGGCUUUUACUACUCCGACAACGACGAAGAUGUGGACAUAGACCUCAAAUUCUUUUUCCAAGCGAGGCACAGCAUCAUUAAGAAUUGUUUGUUUAAAAACACCACACUUGCUAUCAUUAAGCCCCACAGCAUCAAGGAUGGUCUCCUAGGCGACAUUAUUGCCGAAAUAUUGUCCAACGGUUUUCGGUUGACUGCCAUGCGUAUGAUCCUGAUGGCGCGCAUUAACUGUGAGGAGUUUUACGAAGUAUACCGCGGCGUCCUACCCGAGUAUAUUCCCAUGGUAGCACAGCUGGCCAGUGGAGUGUGCAUGUGUAUGGAAAUCGCUUGCGCAGAUCCUGAGAAGAAAUCGUAUCAGGAAUUUCGCGAUUUUUGUGGACCGAUGGAUCCUGAGAUCGCCAAACUACUUCGGCCGCAUACGCUGCGCGCCAAGUUCGGCAAGUCUAAGGUCCAGAAUGCCGUCCACUGUACAGAUCUGCCGGAUGACACGAAACUUGAGCUGCAGUACAUGUUCAAGAUAAUAGACUGAUUUAGUUGCUAAACUUUUAUUUAUUUUCAGUUAAAUGUAUGUUUGCCUGUGUACAAAUAAAUUACAAGUGCAAUGAAAA